GCACCAAAAUCUUGGAGCUUCCAUUGUUUUGUAGCUAUGGCCAUAGCUACAAUGUUUGCCGGGAAAUCAUCCUUCAUCCACCGGGGCUCCAUCGCGCCGCAAAUUUCCCACUUGGGCAAAUUUCCCAGCCGGGCGCUCCACUUUGCCUCUCCAAGGGCUGAGAAAUCCCUCUCUUCGUCCUCAACUGGGGAGAUAGCCGCCAUAGCCGGUACCUCCGUGGCAAUCCCAGUAGUGGCUUGGUCCCUCUUCACGCUCAAGACCACCGGUUGUGGCUUGCCACCCGGUCCCGGGGGAUCACUUGGGGCGCUAGAAGGGGUGAGCUACCUCGCCAUUGGAGCUCUCAUCGCUUGGUCCAUUUACACCAAAGCCAAAACCGGGUCUGGCCUCCCAUCCGGUCCCUAUGGACUGCUUGGGGCGUUGGAGGGCGUGUCCUAUCUGGUCCUUCUCGGGGCUCUAGUGGUCUUUGGCUUGCAAUUCAUCGAUCACGGCUACAUCCCAGGGCCUCUCCCAAACGAGCAAUGCUACGGUUAAAAAAAAGCGCGCUAAGUGUGUAAUUUAAAUCUACUUUGAAUUUAACUGGCGCCAAAUGGGCACUGGAUAUUCUCCACUUGAAA